AUGGGAAAAGCAUUUCCAGGCCCUGAAACGGGCAUUUGGCGAAUCAUUCUACGCCUCAUCUCUCUUUUCGGCUCUGUUUUCGGAAUUAUCGCCUCAACGGCUGGAACAUAUUACCCUCUUGACUCGUUUUGGUACUACCUAUUCUUUAGCUUGUGCGGACUCUGGUCUUUGAUUGCUCUUGUAUUCCUCUUUUGCAAGCGUGCCCCGCACCCCGGCUGUUGUAUCGCUUUCGACUUGCUUUUGAUCUUUGCGUCUGGGUUCCUCGUCGCUGUUGCCGCUAUCGGGGUUUCCUUUGAAGAUUAUCGUGGGAUGGGUCGCGAUAUUGCUACGUUGGUGUUCGCGGUCUGUGUCUUUGUGGCCCAUUUCAUGAUGUUUGUUUUGGCUUGUAUAGACGUUCACCACAGGCGGAGGUUACCUAACCCUAAGGCUCCUUACCGGGAGGUUUCGCCCGAUGAGGUAUGA